CUGUCUUUAGACAAAGAUGCUCGCGCUUUACUUGUUGUUAGUUACAGUAAAUGAACUGUUGUGUCAGACUACGAUUGUGAGGACAAACAAUGGAUGGAUAGUAGGACAGGAUCGUGGAGACUAUGAAACCUUCUUCGGUAUUCCAUACGCUUUGGUGGACGAGGAAAACCCAUUUGGAUUAGACUUCGGCCAUCCCAAGGAGCAUUUCUCGCAAUUAAGAGCUCAGAUACUCGAGUACGCGUGUGAUUCUGAGAGAGAGCGACGGCCUUCUUACAGUACGCUGUUGAAGUCCAUGAAAAUACGCUUGACUAAGAGCAUGCGCACCGUUAAGCAGGGCACGGAGCGGAGCACGCUCGAUCGGCUGUCUUCUAUGCUCUCGUCUGCGUCCUCUUAUAACUGGGUGGUAUUAUCAACAAAAAUAAUCCAUUAUCGACUGUUCACCAGCGCAUUUGAAGUUGUACUGGCGGCGCUGAGAGAGUCACCAGCCUCCCGGUUCCCGCGACGACCACGUAGCACGGAGCGGAUCCCCGCGACGGAAUCCCUCUCCGUGCCCCGCUUAACGAGAUCACUUCCACACCCAGGCUUCGCAACACUGUUCUACGCAAACAAUCCAUCAGUGAAAUGCCCUCAACUUUUCCCCAAAGAGAAUGAUAUAGUUGAAAUUCAAUGUCUCCGCCUCAACAUCUACGUGCCUAAAACGACCAAUAAAAACAUCCCAGUGUUGGUAUACAUACAUGGCGGAGGCUUCAUAAUCGGAAGCGCUGGUAAAUACGACGCCAAACAUUUGGUCCAACACGACAUAAUCGUGGUCACAAUAAACUACAGGUUGGGACCUUAUGGCUUCUUCUGCUUGAAUACUGACUCUGUUCCUGGUAACCAAGGCCUAAAAGAUCAAGUGUCCGCUUUGAGGUGGAUCAAGAGAAAUAUAGCAGCGUUCGGCGGUGACCCUGACAAAGUUACCAUAGGUGGGGAAAGCUCUGUGGAAUUGCAUCUGUAUUCUGAAAACGAAAAGCUUUUUGAUAAAGCUAUCAUACAGAGCGGAGGUGCUGACGCUGAGGCCUUAUUCGAAGAACCUAAUAACAACGCUGCAUAUACUUUAGCAAAGACGUUUGAUCCAGAGGUGAAGGAACAAGACGCGUUAAAACUUUUGUCUAAACAACACCCUACCGAAGUAAUGGAGGUUUAUAGAUUAUCUCGUAUGGUCCUUGGUACAUGUGAGGAAAGAGAACAGCCAAAUAAAAGAGUAGAACAUUUCUUUACUGCAAAUUCUAAAGCUUUACAUCGUCCGCUAAAGGUUAGUGGUACGCAAAUUAUGAUUGGGUACAAUAGUAAAGAGACGUUUGCUGGUUAUGUCAAGUUACCGAAUAAAGGUUACGAGAGCGACAUUUUCUUGGAGAAGAUAAAAAACAAUUUUAGAUUAGAUGAAAAGACGAUGAAGGAAGCUGUACAAUCGGUGAAAAGCUUUUAUUUAGGCAACAAAAAUAUUUCUAAAGACGUGAUGUUGGAAUUGAUAGACUUCACAAGUGAUUUUAUGGUGAACUAUCCUGUAGAGAGAGCAGUGAGUAGAUUUCUUGAACAAGGAGCUUUGGUUUAUAAAUAUUUAUUUUCAUAUACUGGUAAUAGUCUUUAUAAUAAUAUAGAAGGUGCUGGAGUUUCCCAUUUAGAACAGCUACAGUAUCUGUUUGAUUUGGAAGCAGAAAAAGAGUUAAAGGGUGAAGACAACAUAUUAAUGAGGGACAGAAUGACAGCACUGUGGGCGAAUUUCGUCAAAUACGGGGCCAUGCAACAAAUCAAUAAUGUUUUCCAAAUUAUUGAAACAAAGUUUAUGGUAGAAGCUUCAGAUAAUUUGAUACAAAGUUAUAGUGAAUUUGUCAAGAAGCAAGUUUCCCAAGAAAUAAACAGGUACCGCAGGCAUUUAAAAGUCACUGAUAUAACUGGGGUCCUCAUUCAGCUUUGGCGCCCCGGGCCUCUGACGGGCUUAGUCCGCCACUGUAUUUACUAUCUCGAGCUCCUCCCUGCUUCGGUAGUUCGUAAGGAAGGCCUGUGCUCCACCAGUGGGGACAUUAGGAGACCUAAUGCAUAUCCUCAAAAACCCGACACCCAGAGAAUCAAGUCUCCUGACUGUACCAUGGCAACCGACUUCACAAAACACCAGGCCUUAUCUAGAUAUCAACUUACAGAUGGAGUUGAAGGAAAAUGUGUACGAGAAGAGAAUAGAUUUUUGGAACACGUUUUGGGAAAACUGUUACCUGGCGGCAGAACCAUAGAUUCUGAACUUUUCUGCGAACAACUGAUGAGAUUAAAGCAAGAAGUUGAGAAAAAGCGGCCGGAAUCAACAGAAGGCAGUGCCAUUUUUGACAUAUUGCAGGCAAUGGGCAUAAUGGGGCCCCUAUGA